AGUGUUUUAUAUCGACACAAAUGUAAAAAGCAAUAGUAAAAAUGUCAUUAUCUUAAAUAUACACACAUGUUCCGUCAGAGAGAAACACGUUAGUGCAUCAGACCCAGAAGGGCCAUAAAUUAAAAAAAAAACACAAUUAUCUCGUAUUCCAUCAGUUCAGAGAUAAAGAGUCAUAAGAAGACAACACACAUUAAGUAUCUGCAGAUAUGAGUUCGUGGAGAGGAGACCAACCUCAUGUUGAAUUCCAGUAAUCCCACUGCCAGGUUAAUCAUCAUCUGCUCUAAAAGUCUCCCCCUCGGCUCAAACAGCCCCGAGGCUAAAACCAAGAGGAGAGACGAGGAGAAGAAACACAGGAGAGGAGGACAGAACGGAGAGAGAGCGGAGAAUGUUGAAGUCUCUGAGCAGGGGGUUGUGGACGUACCGCGGUCUUGUCUUUAUUGUUCUCACACCUCUGCUGCUGCUUCCACUUCCUGUUGUUGUUGGUACAAAGGAAGCAGAAUGUGCAUUUGUGUUACUGUGGAUGGCCUCAUACUGGGUGACAGAGGUCAUCCCUUUGUCCAUGACGGCCAUGCUUCCUGCUGUCCUCUUCCCCAUGUUUGGAAUUAUGAAAUCUUCCCACGUGGCGGGAACGUAUUUUAAAGAUUUUCACUUCCUGCUCAUUGGCGUCAUGUGCCUCGCCACCUCCAUAGAGAAAUGGGGUCUCCACCGCAGAAUUGCUCUCAAACUUGUAUCCAUGGUGGGAGUCAAGCCGGCAUGGUUGAUGCUGGGCUUCAUGUCGGGCUGUGCCUUCAUCUCUAUGUGGGUCCAGAACGUCUCCGCAGUUACGAUGGUGAUUCCAAUUAUGGAGGCUGUAAUUCAGCAGAUUUUGAAGGCCAGAAAGGAGGACUAUACUGGAGAAGAAAAUCCCAACCUAGAGCUAGAUGGUAUCUGCCUUCACUUCAUGUCAUUUGUUGUUGUGUAUUGCUCUGUCUACCUGUUAUACUUCAAUAAUACAGUCCACUGUUUCCUCAGUGACAUGAAAGGUUCUGAUGUUCCUGCCAAUGCUUGCACUUGUGUUCAGAUUCAGCCACUGGAGCGACCUGCCAAAGCUCAGGCUGCCCUGAGUUUACCUACAGCUCCCAGCAGGAGUCGACAGGAUCUCAUGAUUUGCAAAGCCAUGUUCAUCGGCGUUGCCUACGCCUCAAACAUCGGUGGGAUCACCACACUGCCAGGAACCUCACCCAACCUCAUCUUCUCAGAGUACCUAAACCAGAUUUAUCCAGACUGCAACUGCAUUAACUUUGGGAAGUGGCUCCUCUUGUGCCUGCCCAUCGCUGUUAUCAUGCUGCUGCUGACAUGGAUAUGGCUGUACUGGCUCUUCAUUGGCUCAGAUUUCAGUUUUCUUUGGCGAUGCAAAGGAGAGCAGACAGAGCGAGAGAGGGCAGCAAGAAAGGUCAUAGAAGAAGAGUACAAGUCACUGGGACCAAUGAGCUCUCAGGAGAUCCUGACUGGGGUUGUCUUUGUGUUGAUGGUGCUUCUGUGGUUGACCAGAUCUCCAGGUUUCGUGCCAGGCUGGGCGUCUCUCUUCUCCAAUGAUUCAGGCUACAUCACUGACGCUACUGUUGCUCUGCUGCUGGGUCUCCUGUUUUUCUUCAUACCUGCCUACGGACCGUCCAAGCAAUACGAGGCUAUGAUCUCCUGGAAAGAAUUCCACGCCGUGAUGCCUUGGACUGUGGCCCUGCUGGUGGGUGGAGGCUUUGCACUUGCUGAAGGUGCUAAGGAAUCCGGGCUGUCUCUGUGGGUGGCUGAGCUGCUGACACCUCUGGGUGAACUGCCAGUUUUAGCCACCAUCACCGUUGCCUGCAUCAUGGUCACCACAGUAACAGAGGUGGCCAGCAACGCUGCCACCACCACCAUCUUCCUCCCCAUCCUCUCCCCACUGGCAGAGGCCAUCCACGUCAACCCACUGUUCGUCCUGAUCCCCACCACUCUGUGCACAUCUUUCUCCUUCCUACUGCCGUCCUCUAACCCACCCAAUGCUGUGGUGUUUGCCUACGGACACUUCAGCAUCAUGGACAUGGUCAAAGCGGGGCUGGGUGUAAACGUCUUUGGUGUUCUUACUGUCAUGUUGGCUGUGGCCACUUGGGGAGUUCCACUCUUCUCUCUGGACACCUACCCAGACUGGGCACCAGUCCUUCCCAGUUUGAACUCCACUCAACCUUGAACUUUGAACAAUGUCUUUUUAAUUUAUUCCAUUUAAAAUAUUU